AUGAUAACAAGUCAAGUUUUAAGUGAGGAAGAUAACACUCAAGUUGAACAAGAAUUUCGGACUUCAUUAGCACAAAUGGAUAAUUACAUCAAAAAUUUGGAAGAACAGUUCACUGAUACCAAGUCGUCCGAGGCAAAAAUUCAAGCACUACUGACUGAACCUACGAGUCUUGAUCAAUGUGGGACUAGAAGAACCAAUCUUGAAAAGGUAAGACAAUUGCUGAUUGAAAAGAUUGAUGAAUUCAAGAUCAAAGAAGUAGAUAGUGAGGAUAAAUGGUUUAGAAAGAUGGAUGCAAUGGUGGCUUGGUUCAAUCUUACAAGAAACAAUUCACUACAAAUUCAGAUUCUAGGUAAAAAACUGGAUCACUACAUUGCAAAGGUGGAUCAAGAAUUGCAUGUAUUAGAGAAUGCAUCCUCCCUGAGGAGAGAAAUUCAUAUAGAUCGAGAACAAGCCGAGACUUUGAAACUUACUCUCCAAUCUUGUGAUAGAAGGAACGAUCUUGAAGUGCGAUCAUUGGUUGCUUAUGCCAACCAAUGGCUCAAUGAUCAAAAGAUACAGAGUGUUGAAAGCGGAGACAAAAAAGGCAACAAUUUCUCGGUACUUGUUGUCCAUGAUAGUCGUAAUCUUCGCGAAACCCGCCAGAGGCUCUUGGUGUUGCUUGGGUAUCAAAAGAAGCUUCAAAUGGAUGUUUCAGUGGCCAAAAAUGGAAAAGAAGCUGUUUGUCUUCAUCUUGCUGGGGCUUCUUUUGAUAUGAUUCUAAUGGAUGACCUAAUGCCCUUCAUGAAUGGACUUGAGACAAUAAAGAUGUUACGCAAGAUCGGUGUUGAAAGCCAGAUUGUCGGUGUCACUCAUGAAUUUAAGCGAGUAGCUUUCAUGGACUCAGGCUCAGACAGCUGCAUUAUAAAGCCACUGACUCUUGAAAAGCUCGCUGCUGUCUUCAGCUGA